GCAGAGGCGCCGCCAUCGACACCGAAACAACCUUGUAGUACAGUUCGGGGACCCGUUUAGCAGUUUUAAAUCAACAUAAUCGGGAUGUAAAUGUUAGGGAUUACUUGAUAAUGCACCGAAGCUGAAAUUGGACUUCGUAUUUAUUUACGGGAACGAUCAAGUGGCUCUCUUCUUGGAGGCCCGCUUCUUAAGCAGAAAGCAGUAGAUGGGUGCUAUGUCGUAAUUGCGUUAGAUCACCGGCGCAAAAAUGAGUUGGGCACCGGGAAGCUCGAACAACAGUGCGCCUCAAAUGACGAGGGAAGAUGUUCUAACCACAGCGAGUACGGAUGACCUGUUGCCGCUCGCCAACCUUGCUGGGCCCUCUUUGGAACAGGACACAAGUCUGCCGGCAACUGCCACCGCAUCGCAAAAUACUACCCCUCGUGACAGCCCAUCCUCCACCCCGGGAAUUGCGAGACGCCUUUCUGGUGUACCCGCACUGCGCUUGAACUUGGAUGACACCACGUGGAGCACGGUUAGGCCUGUCAAGCCUAUCAGCACCAUUUCACGCGGUCCCAAAGAUGGGGGAGCGUCACGAAACAAAAAGGGCAUCAGGACAAAGGCAUCUAAAGUAAUGGCCAUUCUGCGACAGAGCCGAACUCCCGAGUUCCGGUUCCGCCUCGUCUUAGCUGUCCUGUUCCUCAGCAUCAUCAGCAUAGUUGUUUUGACAUGGCACUUACAUGCAGCCUUCCAAGAAGCUCUGCGACUCUCGACCAAGUCCGACUUUGUGUCCGGAACGCGUGAACUUCGCCUCUUAGAUCGAGGUGGCCGGACGUUACUCCUGGGCUCCUUGGGCCAGGCCAUACCUCCCGCUCUUGAAGCGCACGUCUGUCCCUUACUUCGUCCCGGCUAUUGUUUCGAGUGGAAGUACCGUGCCAGGCUGCGUGUUCAUUUUGAGCCCAAGGACACUACCGGAGACGUGGUUUGUUACGGCGUCUACUGGCGCGCCGCUUCUGUUCACACAGAGUUGGUUGACUGCUACGACCUAGGAGGUGCCGAAUGGUUUGGAAUGGGCGAAGUGGAAAAUUUGACGUGGCCAUUGUCAGAUUUGCAACUGAACACAAUGGCAUUCGAGACGGGGGAAGCGGACCCACUAGGAUCUGUGUUGGAGCCCUAUUGGCUUUCAUCAUUGGGUGUUUCAAUCAUCGCAAGUUCACAUCAGUCGUUGAUGUUUAGCUUCAACGCUUCAGGCAACAACAAGCUUUGCCUGGCAGCUAAAGAGGAUUUAAAUUAUACGCUGUGCACAGGACCGGACAUCCUUGCAAUUCAUAAUGCAUCACGACCUCACAAAGAGAUGAAUGGAACAUCACUCGACGAGGAAGAAACAUUCGUGAAGCAUCCUGUGUUGGUUCCACGACGUGGUGACGAUGGGAAUUUGACGCAGGCAACAGUGCACGAGUAUGCAAAUCGUUUUGUGAAUCAUGGCUUCAAUGGUGGGUUUGUGCUCAUUAGGCAAGGUUGGCAGAAGAGUCAAGGGGACUUGGCAUUUUCGAAGGAAGCAUUUCCACAUCCCGGGGAAAUCGUAAGGAUCCUGCACAACAAAGGAAACAGGGUGCUCUUGGAUGUACAUCCAUACUUUUGUCUGAGUUCUCGAAACUUCAGGGCUGCUAUGGAUGGGGAGUACCUUCUGGCCGACCAGAAUAAGGUUCCACUCUUGACUCGGUGGAACGGCAGCCUCUGCGCUGUCGUUAAUCUCUUUGACGAACGGGCAGCUGAAUGGUUCCUGCAGCAGCUCGAGCAGUUACGCUCCCAGUUUGGCAUUGACGGAUUUGUAUUUCGAGGAGGUCAGGCUCGAGCUUUGCCAUACGGGCAGGGCCGCUGGGCUUCUUCGUUUUUGGGCAAAUACUUGGAAGUUGCCGCAAAGAGCUCACCUUACAUUGGAGCACCUGGUGGCGUGAGUGCUGCUGGAUUUGUGACCUUAGCUCCACAGCCAUCUACUUGGGCUGCCCUGCAGAGCAUCCUGCCUAAGGUACUGACCUUAGGUCUCCUGGGCCAUCGUGUGGUGAACCCAGGCUGUGUGGGGGGUGACCUGGUCGCCCCUGGAACUAAACCAGAUCGAGAACUUUACUUUCGGUGGUGGCAGCUGGCUGUAUUUCUACCUGUACUGCAGUUCUCGGUCCUGCCCAGUGAUUACAAUGACGACUUUGAACUUACAAAGGUCUCGAGAGUCCUGACGCAGUUCCGCAAGACUAGGGUGGAGCCAGCUAUCCGGGAAGCUUUGAUGCAGGACGCUCCCAUUGUACGUCCCCUGUGGUGGCUAGACCCACGGGACAGCAACACGUACGGUGCAGGGCACCAGUUUGCAGUGGGGGACCGUCUCAUUGUUGCACCAGUACUGGAACCUGGCCGCAACUCGACCUACGUGUACCUCCCGCACGGGUGGUGGUGCGAAGACCAGAAAUUGCACAGAGGAGGAAAGUGGAUCAGCGUUGCUGCCCCUCUAGAAAAAGUCACCUACUUCACUCGUUCGGAGAAGUGCUGAUUUGGAUUCCUCGGGAAAAGGUGCAGAUGCUUCCACGGAUCGCUUGCGAUGGAACACGUGGAGGAACCUGACAGUGUCGUACUGUGUACGGCAGAGUAUUUGUACGUGUGGUCACAGCAUUGAAAUCAGCAAGGAUUGCUAUUUUGCGAAUGUAUUCCAGUCAGCUCUGCCAAAAUGUUGUUUGUAGCGAGCUGUUUCAUGGAACGUGCUAAGUUGAUCAGCUGCGUCUAAAUUCCGAGUCACAUAGUACUGUCAGAUUAUUUCUUAGUGUUACGAGCAAGCGGCUCAUCAGGCUCUGCAUAACAUCAGCGGCAGGAAUGCGACACACGAGGAACAGCACGUAAGAAAGGCACCGUAGAAAAGAUAAACGUUUGUGUGGUGUUCAGUGGUGGCAUUGAAAAUGUCCGGACUUUAAGUGUUUGCAACAUUAAUGAUGCGCAAUGAAAAUAAUUCGUGGCAGAAAUCAUGUUAAGGUAGUCUGGCUCUCGAGAUGUGGCAAUCAUGGACUGCUUCACUAAAGGAAUGCAUUGGCGGACCAGAUGGGACCAAAGGAGGUUUGUCGAUGUGUCACCACCACCACCUUGUCGAUGUAUCAUCGUUAAUGUGAAUGCCAAACCAAGAUGAUUUUUUGUUUGGUCUAGGGGAUGUACUCUUAGAUACAGUAGUGAUGGCUGGAUUCAGAAUGUCAGAUAAAGGAUAAACUAACUUAGAGCUGAGACAAGGUAAGACCUGUAUGUUCCUGUACCUGUUCAUGUAUUGCAUUGAAGCAGGAGGAUAUUAUCGGUCAAUAUGAUUGUUAUCGCAGACCAGCAGCAUUGGUUAAUGAUCUAUGCAUCACACACAUAUUGGAAACUAUCAACAUUUUCACUUGUAGGGUGUAUCCUGCCUCGAAUUUUGAAACAAAAGAUAAUGUAUGCAUGCAUUAACAAAGCAACGUACGUGCUUUCAUAUGUCACCCACAAAAAGUUAACACCUUUGAUGAGUGACAUAUCAAAGCACACAAAACUUUGUUUUCCCAGAUGCAAAUUCAGUCUUUUCGGGGUUGCAAGGUUUUGGGGGUGUUAGGGGGUGUGCCGGGAAGAUCCGUGGCCGCAACCAUACUUCUCAACAUUUGCUCUUGCAGUACUAUUUUCCAGGAUUCUUUGUGUUUGGGUAACACAACACCACUUUAUUUUAAUGAUGAUAACAAGUGGGGUGUUUCAUCACGAUAGGCCAUAGUCUACCCCAUUACUCGCAGUAACAUGCAGCAGCCAUCCGCAGAACACAGAAGGCAGACAGGAAUUGGAACACUGUGAGCACACUACAUCAUACCACAUUCGAUGUCUGUGGAAUUCUGCUAGUAAAGUAAAGUAAACUUACUUUAGAGGUGGCACAUGCCCAAUGAAACGAAUGUCUGAUUUCACUGUAUCCGAUAAUUAAUUUUGUAUGAGUUUGCUAUAAUCGAGUUCACCUGGAGGAAUAUGUGAAGUAUUCUGCGUAUUUUGCUUAAAUACGAUCAAUUAUUAUGACAAUAUACAAUAGAAUACAAUACAGACAAUAUACAAUUAUAAUACAAUAUAUGCAAAUUAUAAUACAAUAGAAGUUCCCAGAACAUUUUGCACGAAAUAUUUAUUCAGUUAUACAAUUCAACUGCUCCUGUACCAUUAGAGUAGAAUUAAAUUUUUGUGGACCCGAUCAAUGUGUGUUCCAAGGUAUUGUGUGGAUUUUCAGAAUUUCAUAGCUGUUUGUAUCGUGCAGCAUUUUGGCAGAGCUUGCAUUUGUCACUCUACACUGUACUGGUCAGUCUUUUUGCAGUGCUUGAUUUUUAUCCCUUUUCCUCGACUGUGAUGAUAUUGUGUUCUUGCUUCCCUAUUGUGAUUCCUCGAACCUGGAGUCACUAGGUAUUUAGUGACUCUACUCCAACCAUUUUUGUACCAUAUCACAACUGUUUAUAAAUCAAUUUUAUUUGUGCAUGCAUUUAUGGAGGGCAAGUGUUUGCACUACAAUCAUCUGCCCAUGUAUUUUACCGUGUUCACUUUGAGAUACCUUUUACUUGAUCAACAUUCUUGUUAUUCCUUUCAUUGUGGGACCAAAGGUGAUAUCCCUUCAUCCUUCCGUGUGUGAAGGUUGGUGCCCUUAACAACCGUAUUUUGUCAAACUUUGAGCAGUGUCAGAAAUUGUGCACCUGAUAGAAUAUAGCUUUGCCAGCCAUGUAAGUACCCAUUAAUCGAGUUAACACUGCAGAUAUUUUUAUCUGGUGCACUUUGUAGCACAUGACAUAUGGCUCUGUUGUGCAGUGUAUUAUUCCUUGUCAUUUCGUGCUUGCUUUCCUGUAACUUUUUUUUUUUUUUUUACCGUGCAGUGACAUAUUGAAAGCAUUGGUAUAUCUCACUGUUUUGUUAACCAUGCCAUAUGCAAUAUUUGAGUGCAUGUUUAGCAAGCGCAUCUGAAUGUAAGUUUUUAGGAAAGAUUAAAAGAAAAAGGCA